GUGUGUGCGAUUUCACAAUCGUUCUAGUUUCCAAACACAAAAGGAUUGGGCGAACGUUAAUUCCUGGACGAACACUAAAAGGAUUACCAAGCUGUUUAACGUUUGUGACCGAUCACAAAAGCCUUCAAGAGAGAAAAGGAAAUUUACCUCCUGUAAUACACGUUUCAAACAAAAUCAUUUAUUAUCAAUUCAGCAUAAGAUUGGUUUGGAAGAAAUCGCAGCAUUGACCUUUUUCAGGAAGAGUAGACCCGCUAAGACGCUGGAACAAUUUCUUCGUCAGCGCCAUCAGGCCAGGAAGCGAGUGAUAAAAAAUGAGGAAAUUAUUUGUGAUUUUGAUGAUCGCUUUUAGCAUUGUUCAAUUCUACAUUUACAGCGGCAAGUCAUUCCUGAAGUUAGCGAGAGAACGGUUUAUAAGAUCGAAUAUUACCAGUUUAUCUGAUGAAUAUAGGCCUAAUACUAUGAGAACUUUCCAACCAGAACGGACGACACCCCAGACGACGGAUUCGGUUCCUUUACAUGGGUGGUUGAACGAUGUGCAUUGGAGGCCAGCCCCAAAGCUAGAUAUAUAUGACUAUUACAUAAGUCCUUUUGACAAAUGCACGGUCGAGAAUGGUAAUAUCACGUUACUUGUGUUAGUCAAAUCAGCACCGGGCAAUGGCCAACGGAGGAAGGGGGCAAGGCAGUCGUACAUACGAGGAGCGGCGGAGAAGAACGUAUCAGCCAGGGUAGUCUUUGUCAUUGGAGAUUCUGAAGAUCAAGGAAAAAGGGACAACAUCCAAAAGGAAUCUCAAACACACGGAGAUAUCGUGGGAAUUGGAUUCCAUGACAACUAUUACAACCUCACCAUCAAACUCAUCAUGAGUUUUAAGUGGGCAAUUAACUCUUGUAACAGUGCCUUUGUGUUGAUAACUGAUGACGACGUCGUUAUUGACCUCGUCACUCUGGUCAACGACCUCAAUGCUAUACCCCAGACGGAGCGCGCCACGUUCGUUCUUGGGACGAAGGGAGUCGGUUACAGACCGCAUCGAAACACCGUCAGCAAAUGGUACAUCCCUGAGGAAUUCUAUCCCAACAAGAAUUAUCCACCGUUUCCAUUCGGACACGGAUACGUUAUGUCACACGAGGUUGUGGAAAAGCUUGUUCAAGUUUCCAGAGAAACACCGGCACUGAUACCAUUUGAUGACGUUUACUGCGGUAUCCUGCUUGACAAGUUGGGCAUCACAAUCCUCCACCAGCCGCAUUGGUUCAAAGACCGCCACCCGGUAAAGCAUGAGCAAGGUUAUUUAAGAAUUGAGAUACCAGUGCCUCAAAUGAAGACAUCUUGGGAAACUUUUAAGAUGGAUAUAGAACAUGUUAAAAGAUGAGUUACUGGUGGGAACGUUACUGUGUUUUUUGUUUGUUAUGUUUUUACUUGUUGAUGUCAUUUUAUUAUCGUCGUUAGCAGCAUGCAGCCAUCAAUCCUCAUCAACACAUUUUUCUUGUAUUUUACAGCUGUUAGGAAUCAGAUCAUCAUUCAUAUCUAUUAGAGCAAUAAUGUUUAAUCAUCAUUCCUGAUCAUUAAUUGUACCUUAAGGCUAUUUACAUACAACAAGAUUUGCAUAUAACUUGAAGAUAUAUAGAUGUGAAGAUAAGCGGAAAUCUUGUUUUACAUCCGAUAUUUGAUGAAAUUUUUAGUGUUAUGCUUAUUUGAUUUUUUAUACAUUUUUAUACAUUAUGUAUACGAAAAACAAUAUUUUUGUUAUGGUGGACUUGCCUUGAUCAUGUGAAUGGGAAUAAUCGAUGGUUUAUUUCGUAAUAAUUCCAAUAUUGGUAUUGAUUUUCGCUUGAUUUGAAUACUGAUUAUAAAUAAUAUCGACCCAAGAAUGGAUAUGUACAAUACAACAACUGAGGAGUCGUAUUCUGUUGUUACGUACUCUUAAAGGUUUAACACUUUGACAUAGCGGCAAAAAACUUACGAACGAAUUCGGAAAUGUACAUGAAUCUCGAGGAAUUAGUAAUACAAUUAGUAAUAAAAUGUCGAUAGAUUUUAACAAUGAUUUAUUUUUUUUUGAAAUUCUGCAAUGUAAAAUAUUUAUUUCACAAAAUAAGGAUAGAAUAAAUUGUCUUGCCUGAAAUAA